UUGCAGUACGGUGACAGCAAGGACAACCCCCUUAAUUACUGGCUUUAUAAAGAGGAGGGUGAAAGAAGACACAGGAGGCACAAAGAGGCUGAUCGAGGGAAGAAGCAUCGUGAUAAAAGCAGCACCAGGGAAAAGAGAGAGAAGUCCUCAAAAGAAAAAAGCAACUCGCUCUCCAAAAAUGAAGGGGAGAGAAGACACAAAGAGAAAGCACAUAAAGAAGGCUUUCACUUUGAUGACGAGAGGCACCGAGGUAGCAUGGACAGAAAAGAGAGGUCAUCGAAAGAGGAGCAUAGGAAAAGAGAGCUCAAGAAUGUUGAACACAGAAACCAGGGUGGCAGUUCAAAGAGAGAUGGGACUGGUGGCCAGCAUGCAGAGGAUGUAGUGAGGAGCAGUGGAAAAGAUAAAGACUCGAGAAGGAAGCACAGCCACGAUGAGGGUCCUGCCGUGUGGAAGCUGGCUCCGCGGCCAGGAGGUGAAGGCACUGUGGAAAUUGAAAAGGAAGACGUUGACUUAGAAAAUGUUGACUACAUGGCCAAUUUUGAAGAUGAUUUUGAAGACUAUGAAGAUGACUUUGAGGUUUGUGAUGAUGAUAGCACGAAUGAGCCAGAACCAAGAGAGAAAAUGGAAGAACUUCCUCCAGCCAGAAAAAAGGAGAUACAGGAAAUUCAAAACGCCAUCAAUGCAGAAAAUGAAAGGAUUGGCGAGCUGUCGUCGAAGCUGUUUCAGAAGCAAGGUCGAUCGGAGCGGGAGAGGGAGCCAGCGGCCGAUGCAAACAGUUCACCUUCCAGAGCCCCUGUGUGUGGAAUUUUUGUGGAUUUUGCAACCGCCUCACAACGCCAAAAGAGUCGGACUCAGGCCCUGAAGCAAAAGACACGCAGCACGAAGUUGCUUCGGCUCAUUGACCUGGACUUUUCAUUCACAUUCUCUUUCUUGGAUCUGCCACCAGUAAAUGAAUAUGACAUGUACAUCAGGAACUUCGGGAGAAAAAACACCAAGCAGGCGUACGUCCAGUGCAAUGAAGGGAACGUGGAGCGAGACAUCCAGACAGAGGAGAUGGAGACCAGGGAGGCGUGGACUCAGCACCCCGGGGAAGGCGCGGCCGUGUCAGGGGGGAGUGAGAGCAGGGAGCCCUCGGAUGCAGCUGCUGUGCCCAAGGUGGACACGCUGAGACUGUCCAGCUUCCUCCGGGCGGCCUGCCAGGUGGUUGCAGUUUUGCUGGAAGAGGACCGCGUGGCAGCUGCCCCCAGCCGGGACCCCGGGGCCCAGGACAGCACCCUGCCCCUCAGCGACAGCGCCUGGCAGCUGAACACCAGCCUGCCCUUCCUCCAGCAUCGCAACGUGUCCAGCUUGCACGCCUCUCCGGCGCGGAGGCAAGUGGUGUCCGUUCACGGGCUUCCUGACCAGGCCUGCGCGCCCCCGCUGGACCGCAGGCACCUGCUCUGCGUGUGGGACAUCUGGCAGCCCUCGGGGCCGCAGAAGGUCCUGGUGUGUGAGUCGCAGGUCACCUGUUGCUGCCUGAGCCCCUUCAAGGCCUUCCUGCUGUUUGCUGGAACCGUGCACGGCUCGGUCAUCGUGUGGGACCUGAGAGAAGACUCUCGGAUGCAUCGUUAUGUGAAGCUGAGCGACUGCUUUUGGACAUUCAGGACAGCAACGUUUUCCACUGAUGGCGUCCUCACCCCUGUGAACCACCGCAGCCCCCUGCAAGCCAUCGAGCCUGUCGCGGCGUCUGGCCACAAGAAACAGAGUUUUGUCCUCUCGCCCUUUUCUGCUCAGGAAGAAAUGUCGGGUUUGUCGUUCCACAUCGCUUCCUUGGACGAGAGUGGGGUUCUCAACGUGUGGGUGGUUGUUGAAUUACCAAAGGCAGAUCUUGCAGGUUCGAUAAGUGAUUUAGGGCUCAUCCCUGGAGGGAGGAUAAAGCUGGUGCACAGCUCUGUGACUCGGCUGAGCGACAGCCUUUCCCACAAAGGCGACGGACGCUGGGGAGCUGCACAAACACUGAAUGUUAAAUUUUUGCCUUCAGAUCCUAAUCACUUUAUUGUCGGCACCAACAUGGGUUUUGUAGGCCAUGGCUCCAGACAGGACCUGAGAGUAUUUCCCAGAUUCUUCAAACCCCAGCAGCACGGCGAGAGGCCGGUGAAGGUGACCGCGGUGGACUUCUCGCCUUUUGGAGAGCCGGCGUUCUUGGCCGGCUGCUGCGACGGGAGCAUCAGGCUCCACCAGCUGGCGUCUGAGCGGCCGGUGCUGCAGUGGGGCCUCGGCACCGCGGGCCGCGCCGUCACCGGCCUGCAGUGGUCCCCGACCCGGCCAGCGGUGUUUUUCGUCCAGGACGACACUUCCUGCAUCUACAUCUGGGACCUCCUGAAGAGCGACCUGGGUCCCGUAGCCAAGCAGCCCGUCUCUCCAGACAGGCUGGUGGCCAUGGCGGUCGUGGGCGAGCCAGAGAGGACCAGCGGCGGCUUCCUGGCCCUGGUGCUGGCCAGAGCCUCUGGCCACAUGGACGUCCAGUUCUUGAAGCAGAAGUGGGCGACCCCCGUGGCGGACGAGCAGAGGAGACUGCGGCUGCUUCUGCAGAAAGCGCUUUAGGGGGUGAGCAGCUGGCGUUGUGGGGGGACAGCACAUGGGGACCCGGACGUGAAGGGCCAGUCCAAGAGGGGCCUGUCACCCAUGUGCGGGUGUAGUGUGCAUUAGAACACAUGUAUUCUGUACAUAAUUAAUUCAUUUUACAGGAUGUCACGGUUAUAUUUCCAGUAAAUAAAUUACUAUUUUUGAAUGGAAA